CUUUAGUCACCAACACUAAACUUGCAGGGUUUCCACAUGUCAACAUAGUCAUACUCUUUCUUUGUAUUAUGUGCUUGUCAUGCAUGAUGAGAAAUGAUGGUCAAUCUGUAACACUUGUUUGUUUUUCAGAGAAAUUGGCACUGAAACCAUGGUAGGAAUAGAGGUCAAGCCAACGAAAACCAGUAGGAUGACAUUGCAGGCAUGAGGAUUUUAUCACAGAUUUACAGCCUAGCAGAAAAGAUUGGUUGAGCAGUCUUUUCAUAACACAAGAUACGAGACACAAGCACUUUCUGCGGAGCCAUGAGAGCAAAGCUGGAGGUCCUGGCCCUGGUCCUGGGCUCCAUCGGCCUGUGUGGGACCAUCGCUGUCACUGCCCUGCCCAUGUGGAGGGUCUCUGCCUUCAUUGGUGCCAAUCUCAUAGUCAUGGAGGAACUCUGGGAGGGCUUGUGGAUGAACUGCUACAGACAGGCCGACAUCAACAUGCAGUGCAAGGUCUACGACUCACUGCUGAUUCUCCCCCCAGAGCUGCAGGCAGCCCGGGGGCUCAUGUGUGUGUCCAUAGUCCUGGUGGUCCUCUCCCUGUUCGUCACAGGAUGUGGGACCAAGAAGAGCAACUGCUGUGGCGACAACCCAAAGAGCAAGAACAUCACUUUGGCUUUAGGGGGUAGCUUAUAUCUGCUUUCCUUUCUGACCACGCUCAUCCCUGUUAGCUGGGUGGCCCACACCGUCAUCAGGAACUUCUACAGCCCACUGGUGGUGGAUUCUCAGAAACGGGAGCUGGGAGAGGCCCUGUUUAUUGGCUGGGCCACUUCUGGCAUUCUGCUGAUCACCGGGGUCAUCCUUCUGUCAAGCUACGGCAAACGUAGAUCAAAGGAGGAAGAGCCUUAUACUGAUGUGCAUCUUAUUGCGGUGAGCAUACAGAAAGAGGGGAGCGUGUACCUUGGGAGGACGCCAUCCAGCUCUUAUAAGCAUCAAGAAUAUGUGUAAAGAACUGAACUGUACAUCUUCCACUUCGCAUGAUUGCAGAAUAUUUGAAUAAUGCUACCCGAACAAAGGUCACAAUAUAAGGCCAAGAGUGUGCAAUUUAUGUAUGAAUAUAAAUGUUUUACUACCUAUCUACACAUUUGAAUUAUUAUUACUGUACAUUUGAAAUGUACAUUGUGUACCCGUUACUCCUUUUAUGGUUCUCAUGUCUAUUGUUGUAUGCUCAGUCCAAAUUCUUUCCUGAAUAUAUGUUUUGUAUAUAAAACUAUUCUAGACUAUAGAUAUGCUUAUUAAGUAAUCAGUUUAACAUAUUAACAUUUCUCACACAACUCUAUACUGUCUAUAUAUAAUCUAUGAUGUUGUUUUUAUGCCUUUUUUUGCUCAACUGUAAUUUUGACUGUUCAAAUGCUUUUAAUCUUUAUGAUUUGAUAAUAAUUUAAGACUAUAGUCACACAAAAUAAGUCAGAGCUAAAUAAAUGUGUUUUGUCCUUAUUCACUUGUGUGAUUGUAUUUUUUCUACCAUUUCCCACAACACUUUUGAGACCUCUUGGUAUUACCUUUCAGAUAUUCAAUAUUAUUACAAAAUGCAGAUAUAUUUAUAUUUUCAAAACUGUACAGAUUGUCUAAAGGCAGGCCAGGAAGACUUUAGUGUUGCAGUAACAAGGUGCAAAUGGCUGGCACAUAGACACUAUGUUACAAUGAAACCAAUCCUACUUAGGUUUCUAUGCUCAACACCUUUUUAACGGCUCAG